UUGCCAAAACGUUUGAUAAGCCUGGUUGCUGGGAUGAAAUUGUACAUCUAAAAGAACUUUUGUCGAUCUCUGUCUUGAGGUCGUUUUAACAUAACUAUAAAACGCAAGUCGAUCUUUUUAUUUUUUGUGAUUUAUUGACCCAUCCAAAAAUGUGUAAAGUUUUCUUAUGACGACGUUUUGAUGAGUGAUUCUGCAAUGCUGUAAAUUCCACUAAACCAACAUGGCUACGUCAGCAUCGUGGACUUUAUGGAAGAGGCUUCCACCAAGAUACCAGCUAAGUGUUAGAACAUUCGUUGACGAAGACGACCUAAUUCGACACUCUCCGCCUGGUUCUCCGAAAACACAGAGACGGGGAUCGCCUCGACAUCCUCGAAGUGAAAAUAAGUCUCCAAGACCACCAAUUACUUCGCCCACGCCUGCCAAUAAACGAUCAAUUCAAAAUAUACCUGAAAUCGCAGAAAAUGAAAACCAUAUGGAAAGACCAGUUAGUCCGUCGGGGUCUUAUUUUCCAUACAGAAAAUCUGGAUACAUUGAUCAUUUUAAAACUCAGCAAAGAGUUAAUUCGGCUCGAGCAAUGAUGGUAUCAGAUGACCGGUCACGUUCUCCGUCACCUAACGGUAGAAUGAGUAAGACGUCUGCUCCUGAUGCGAAAAUCAAUAAAGACAUAUCUAUGGCAGCAACAGAAAUUCAGCAUUCGAUUAAGCGUUGUGAGCACCACAAAGUACAAACUGAAAAAGAAGAUCAAGAUACAUAUCCCCAGUACUCUAACAAAAUAGAACAAAGAAAAUACUUGGUGCGAGAAACUGACGAGGGGACUAUGUAUAUUGACAAAGGGAAAAUCAUAUACUUCAGAAGAUAUAAAUCAAGUCCAGUAGCACAAACGUCUAAUUUAUCGCGCUAUAACGAUGGUGGGUAUCUUGCAAGUAUUCGGAGAGAAUAUCUCACCAAACCACGAUUAUUGGCAAUGGGACCAAGGCGAAAAACUUUUAGAGAAGAAACGAAAGUGUUCGAAGAGAGAGAAAAAUAUAACCGAAAAGUGGCAAAUAUACUCGACUAUUACAGUUACCCUGAUGAAGACAAUAUUUCGUUAGAUGAUUUGACUAAGUAUACAUCAUCUGGUAGAAAGGACCAUUCCCCUCGUAAACACGCUAAUAUGUCUCCAAAAAAUGUUAAACGAAUAUAUUUUGCCUAUCCGAAAUCAGAACAUGAAGUUCGUUCUGUACCAAUACCAGAUAUCCAGAAUGACCCCGGUUCGUAUUUCAAGGUCAACCAGCAAUCGAAACUUCACGACAGAAAUUUUUACUUGAAGACUCCCGGUCACAAAUCCUCUUUCCGUGAGACAAACAUACUAGACUGUGCAUGUGGUAUGUGUAGAAUAGAAAUGCAGCUCGCUUUAAUGGCUCAGGCAGAGACAGAAAGUCAUGCCAAGUUUCAACAAUCAAAGAUGCUAAAGGCUAAAUCUACGAAUAAGGAGAAUGAUGUUGCUAACAAAACUGAUUUGGCCGAAAAUGACCUUAAACUUGACCUUUCGUCCAUCAAUAAGGAAGUUGCUAAGGCAUCUAACGUGCAGAUACAAACCGAGGAUAGUACAAAACAAGAGCAGUCAGAAGCAGUGGUAGAAGUAAACAAACAAGAGCAAACAUUGACGGUUACUAUUCCAAAGAUGGAAACCAAUAGGGAGAUAAGUGAGGUGGCAAGAGAAAACGAGGCUAAUACUGAAAUAGUACAAUCUGUGGAAUAGUUUUCAAUGCUCAUCUUCCAUCUAGUAUCAGGAAUACUCAUACAAUCCUAAACAAGUGCUACAAUGCUUUAUAGAUAUUGCCUGUUUUAAUAGUUUGUGGGAAUUUGGAUUUUGUAGUUCCAAUUUAUAUUUGAAUUAUUUGACAUGUGUGGAUGUACAAGAAAAUGAUAUUCAGUUAAUGGUUGAAAUUCGUCAGUUUUUGUUAAAGAGCUAGUGCUAUUUGAUUAACUGUAAUAAUUGAUUUUUUUAUGGCAUUGACCAUCUUGAAAUUAGUAAAUUAAAAGAAUAGGUUGUCUUUUA